GGGGAUAUUUGUCAGACUUCAAAACCUUCUCAUCUUCUUUCCACACGCGAUGCUCUCUCUUUCUCCCUCUAUCUGAAAUUCCGCGCUCUCUGAUUUCAUGGUCGGUUAAUGCCAGCAGUUUCGACGGGGAACUGGAAACUGGAAACUUGAUAUAUAUUUAUAGGCAAUAAUUUGGUUUUGAAUUAUCAAAACAUAGAUAUACAACUUUUGCUUUGAGUAUUUGCAAAUUCUAGUGUUUCACUAGUAGUGGUGGCUGAAAAUGCAAGACAUCCACUCUAUUGGAGGCGGAGGCCGGUUAUUUGGCGGUGGAGGAGGUGACCGGAGGUUGAGGCCGCACCAUCACCAGAAUCACCAAGCAUUAAAGUGUCCGAGGUGUGACUCGCUUAACACUAAGUUUUGCUACUACAACAACUAUAACCUCUCGCAGCCUCGUCACUUCUGCAAAAACUGCCGGAGAUACUGGACUAAAGGCGGCGUUCUCCGUAACGUCCCUAUUGGCGGUGGCUGUCGCAAGACAAAGCGGUCUAAGCCGAAACAAAACAACUCAACUACAGACAAUAACACCACCUCAACUACUACAGCUACAACUACCACUAACACAACGCCGCCUCAACCGCAGCAGCCGCAGCAGCAGGAGCAACAACGAGAGCGGAAAUCUUCAAAUUCUCAUUCUAGUAGCGAAAGCUCUAGUUUAACAGCCACAAAUACUACAACGGCUAACACUGGUUUAGAAGCAGUUUCUGCACAUUCUUCGAGCUCUGCUUCUAAUACUAUACUGAAUGGAAUUGGUGAGUCUAAGCUAUUUGCGCAUGGGAACAUAAAUCCGAGCUUUGAGCCUGGUUUGCUAGAGCAAGGAUCGGACUGUGGAAUUUUCUCAGAGAUUGGAAGCUUCACUAGCUUAAUUACUUCAACGAAUGAGCCGUUGUCUUUUGGAUUUAGCAAUAUAAUAAGCCAACAGAGUCUUGAACAUGCUCAGCAGAAUCAGAAUGAGCAGUGGCAACAACAGAGUCAGCCGAAAAUGGUGAGUAUAGGUGGAGAAGAGAUGAAGAUGCAGGAGAUGGCGGGAGGAUUGAUUGAUCAGACGGUUCAUGUUGAAUUGUCAGCGUUGCCCAGUAGUAGAUCAGGAAAUGGAGGGUUUGGACAGUUGGAUUGGCAGAGCACUGGAGAUCAAGGUCUGUUCGAUCUUUCCAACACCGUUGAUCAAGCUUACUGGAGCCAGAGUCAGUGGACUGAUCAGGAUCACCCUAGUCUCUAUCUCCCGUAAAUCUCCUCACCUUGUUUAACUUUAUUUAAAACGAGAAGAAUUUAAAAAAGAAACUCUCAAAAGAAAUUAAAAAAAAAUUGCAAAAUUUCAAAUUGAGAGAAUUUAUAUGGAAAAUAUGAAUAUGACUGCUGUUUCUUCUAUGUAAAUUUUUUUUAAAUAUUUAAUUUUUUUGGGGGUUUAUUUGGUGAUUUUGGAAGAUGUUUGGGUUUGAUCAUUUUCAUGUGCAACUAACUUUCAUGUUAGUUUUCUUUUCUUUUUUGAA